AUGGGCGAGGAGGCCAAUUGCGACGCCGUGAUGGAGGCCGGCAACGGCAACGGCAAGGCCAAGGAGAACGGCCACGCCGUUGCGGCCAUGCCGGACGUCAAGGCCGACGACGCCGUGGUGGCGCUGGCCGACCCCCGCCUGCAGGGCAUCUCCGACGCCAUCCGCGUCGUCCCGCACUUCCCCAAGCCAGGCAUCAUGUUCAACGACAUCACGACGCUCCUGCUGCGGCCCGGGGUGUUCAAGGACGCCGUGGACAUGUUCGUCGAGCGCUACCGCGGCACGGGCAUCGCCGCCGUCGCCGGGAUUGAGGCGAGAGGAUUUAUAUUUGGCCCCGCGAUUGCACUAGCCGUCGGUGCCAAGUUCAUUCCGUUGCGCAAGCCUAAGAAACUCCCAGGUGAGGUGAUUUCUGAGACCUAUGUUCUCGAAUACGGAACUGAUUGUCUGGAGAUGCAUGUUGGUGCUAUCCCCCGUGAGCGUGUUUUGAUCGUUGAUGAUCUGGUUGCAACUGGUGGGACACUUUGUGCUGCUAUAAAUCUUCUGGAACGUGCUGGAGCUGAUGUCGUUGAGUGUGCUUGUCUCAUUGGGCUCCCUAAAUUUAAGGAUUGUUACAAGCUCAACGGGAAGCCUGUCUAUGUACUGGUGGAGUCUCUCGAAUAUGAAAAAUAA